GCAGAUGCUGCUGCAAGCGUCCACAGAGACCAUGGUCUUGUCAAGAGCUCAGCCCUUGCUGGGGUCUCACAGAGGCCUCAGUCUCGGUGGAAGCCUUCUGCUGCUCCUCCUCAGCCUCGGGUGGCUGCUACCUCGGAGGGCCCAGACUGCAGAGACAAGGCAGGAGUCUGGAUUCCUCCGUGCAGUACUAGCCAGCACCCGUGACUUUGCCAGCCUCCCCCCAGGCCUCUUUCUUGGCCUCACAUGUCGGGAGGUGUCUGGCCUGAAAACAGAGCAUGUCCAGGAGCUGGCCAGGGCCGUGGGGCAAAAGAACAUCACGCUCCAGGUAGAUCAGCUGCGCUGUCUGGCACACCAUCUCCCCAAGCAUCUCACCCCUGCGGACCUGGACGCCUUCCCACCAGACUUGUUGCUGUUCCUCAGCCCAGCUGCAUUCCCAGGGACCCAGGCCUGCACCCACUUCUUCUCCCUGGUCUCAAAGGCCAACGUGGACAUGCUUCCUCAGAAAGUUCUGGAGCGCCAGCGGCUGCUGGCUGCAGCUCUGGCCUGCCGGGGUGUGCGUGGGUCUCGAGUGAGCAAGGAGGAUGUGCAGGCUCUGGGAAGCCUGGCCUGUGAUCUACCUGGGAGCUUUGUGGCCGAAUCUGCAGAAGCCCUGCUCCCCUGGCUGGCAGGCUGCCAGGGGCCUCUGGACCAGUACCAACAGGAAGCAGCCAGGGAGGCUCUGCGGGGUGGAGGGCCUCCCUAUGGCCCCCCAUCGAGGUGGACAGUCUCUACCCUAGAUGCUCUACAGGGCCUGCUGGUUGUAUUGGACCAGCCCAUUGUUCACAGCAUCCCUAAGGGAGUCAUAGCUGCUUGGCUGCAACGCAUCUCCAGGAAUCCUUCAUGGCUGGGGCCCGAGCUGACGGCCAUGCUCCCGAGGUUCAGGCGGGAUGUGGAAAAGAGUGCCUGCCCUCCAGGGCAGAAGGCUCACAAGGUGGAUGAAGAACUUGUCUACUAUGAGAUCUGGGAGCUGGAGGCCUGCGUGGACGGUGCUAUGCUGGCCAACCACAUGGACCUCGUGAAUGUGCUUCCCUUUACCUAUGAGCAGCUGAGCAUCUUUAAGCGCAUACUGGACAAGACCUACCCGCAAGGCUACCCUGAGACCCUGAUCCGGAACCUCGGCUCCUUCUCUAGCUACAUCAACCCUGAGGACAUCGACAAGUGGAACGUGACCUCACCAGAGACAGUGAAAGCUCUGCUCACAGCCAUCAAAGGACAAAAGAGGGAUGCUCAGAUGGCCAGUCUGAUGACCCGCUACCUGCUGGGAGGGGGCCAGCUGGACCAGGACAUCCUGGCUAUGCUGGCUGACGUCCCUGCCACCUAUCUGUGUGACCUUAGCCUGGAGCGGCUGAGGUCCAUGCCUCUCCAUGUCAUGUGGCUGGUGGGGCCCCAGGAUCUGAACAACUGCAGCCAGAAGAGCCUGGAUGUCCUCUAUCCCAAGGCCCAGGUAGCCUUCCAGAAUGUGAGCAUGCAGGAAUACUUUGGGAGGAUCCGGCCCUUCCUGGGGGGAGCCUCCACGGAGGACCUACGUGCCCUCAGUCAGCAGAACUUUAGCAUGGACCUGGCCACAUUCAAGAAGCUGCAGGUUGAUGCCUUGGCGCGGCUGACAGUGCCUGAGGUGCAGAAACUUCUGGGGCCACACAUGGCAGACCUGAAGGCCGAGGAAGAGAAGAGCCCUGUGAAGGACUGGCUCCUCCGACAGCGGCAGGAAGAUCUGGACAGGUUGGAGCUGGGGCUCCACGGUGGCAUUCCUAAUGGCUACCUUGUCCUGGACCUCAACUUCCGAGAGGCCUUCUCCAGGGGAGCCCCCCUCCUUGCACCGGAACCUGCACUUGCGUGGGUCCUGGCUCUGCUCCUGGCCUUGACUCUGAGUGGAGCCCAUCACUGCUGAGGUUCCUGGC